AUGGGUAACAAUGGCACCAAACUCACGGGCUGCUUCUUUAACUGCAGCCCCGGCCAUCGCCGCAGUCAAGCCUCCGCCGCCGUGACGACGGAGCCAUAUGAAGGGGGUUUCGGUCACUCCUUCUCCUACGUCCGCUCGGAACCCCUCUUCCAUCGCUCCACCUCAUCCAAAAUCCACCACUCCGACGACUCAACAACCACCUUCCGUUCGAUCUCCGGCGCUGCUAUCAGCGCCAACCUACAUACUCCCACCGCCACUGCCACUGCCACUGCAGCCGAAGCUGCAUUCCAAAGUUCCAGCUCCUUCUUCUCAGCGCCUCUCCUACCUCACCCUUGCCAACCGAAAGCCGCUGCUUUUCAAGAUGCCGGCGACAAUCUCAACCUCCACUGGGCGCAGGGCAGAGCAGGGGAAGACCGCGUCCAUUUAGUCAUCUCCGAGGAGCAAAGUUGCCUCUUUGCCGGAAUCUACGACGGCUUCAACGGCCCCGACGCUACUGACUACCUCCUCUCCAACCUCUACCCCGCAGUUCAGCACGAGCUCAAUGGAUUAAUGCUCUCAAAUGAAAACAAUCAAGAAAAACUCGACCUUUCGUCAUCAAUCUAUGAUUCAGAUCAAAACAGGGAUGAGGUAAAAUCAGGGAUGAAGUCGCAGCGGUCGGCGAGGAACUGGGAAGAGACGAAUAGGAGGUGGAAGCAUGAGUUUUCUAAGGAAAGGUCGGAACUUGAUAGUAUUUUAAGGAAGGAUGAGAGCCAUUUGAAGGUACUGAAGGCUAUGUCUCGUGCGUUGAAGAAAACUGAGAGGGCGUUUCUGCAAGUUGCAGACAUGAUAGUUUCAGAAAAUCCGGAGCUAGCCCUCAUGGGCUCUUGUGUGCUCGUAAUGAUAAUGAAAGGGGAAGAUGUUUAUCUCAUGAAUGUGGGAGAUAGUAGAGCUGUUUUGGCGCAGGAGGGAGAAAGAAAUUUGAGGAAUUUAGAGAGGAUUAAUGAGGAAACUCUGCUUGAUGAUCAACCCGAUGGCUUGAAGAAUCUCGUAGCUCUUCAGCUUACAAGGGAUCAUUGCACUGGCAUCGAAGAGGAAGUUAGAAGAAUCAGAAGUGAACAUCCCGAAGAUGCUUUGGCCGUAAUGAAUGAUCGAGUGAAGGGAUCGUUGAAAGUGACGAGAGCUUUUGGUGCUGGAUUUUUGAAGCAGCCCAAAUGGAACAAUGCGCUCCUUGAGAUGUUCAAAAUUGACUAUAUUGGAACAUCUCCUUAUAUCACAUGCUCCCCCUUUCUGUAUCAUCAUAGACUUAGCUCUCGAGAUAGUUUUUUAAUACUUUCAUCUGAUGGCCUCUACCAAUAUUUUACAAACGAAGAAGCCGUAGCCGAGAUCGAAUUGUUCAUCACAAAAACUCCGGAAGGUGAUCCGGCACAACACCUUGUGCAACAAGUCCUCUAUCGAGCUGCGAAAAAAGCUGGUAUGGAUUUUCAUGAGCUACUUGAAAUUCCUCAAGGAGACAGAAGAAGAUAUCAUGAUGAUGUUUCUGUUGUUAUCAUUUCUUUUGAGGGAAGAAUAUGGAGAUCUUGCACAUAA